UCCCCAAGUCUGCUGCCCCUCCCACCUAGCCCCAUGACAGGCUGGCCUGAUAUAGAUGGACAGGGGACUGGUUUAAAAUGACAGUCUCAAGUUCUUUUAGGAAGAGAAACCUAAUUCAAAGAAACAGCCAGACAAGCUUCUUUUCUUUGCAGGAAUAAUUAUUAUACCCCUUUACCAUGGCCCACCUGGGAGCCCAUUUUGCUUUUAGAUCCCGCUGGCAGAAGACCGACGAUGAACUCUGUCGACAUAGCAUGUCCUUUAUCCUGCACAGAGCCAUUAGAAAUGACUUCUUUCAGUGCUAUCUCUACCUGCUGGAAAAAAUUCCCCUGGUAAAAUUGUAUGCUUUAACAAGUCAAGUUAUCAAUGGUGAGAUGCAGUUCUAUGCCAGAGCAAAGCUUUUCUACCAAGAAGUACCAGCCACAGAAGAAGGCAUGAUGGGCAAUUUCAUUGAGCUAUCCAACCCAGAUAUCCAGGCUUCGCAGGAGUUUCUUAGAAAAUUUGUUGGGGGCCCUGGGAGAGCUGGAACUGACUGCGCCCUGGACUGCGGCUCUGGGAUAGGAAGGGUCAGCAAGAAUGUUUUGCUGCCAGUUUUCGACAGAGUGGAGCUGGUUGAUAUGAUGGAGUCUUUCCUACUUGAAGCCCAGAACUACCUGCAAGGCAAAGUGGACAAGGUAGAAAGUUACCACUGCUUCAGCCUGCAGGAAUUCACACCCCCCUUUGGGAGAUACGAUGUCAUCUGGAUUCAGUGGGUAUCGGGGUAUUUAACUGAUAAGGACCUGCUUGCAUUUCUUUCCCGGUGCCGAGAUGGCCUGAAAGAAAAUGGCGUCAUCAUACUGAAGGAUAAUGUGGCACGGGAGGGCUGUGUCUUCGACCUCUCUGACAGCAGUGUGACUCGAGACAUGGACAUCCUCAGGACCCUCAUUAGGAAAAGUGGGCUGUUGGUGCUGGGCCAGGAAAAGCAGCAGGGCUUUCCAGAGCAGUGCAUUCCUGUAUGGAUGUUUGCACUGUGCCGUGAUGGACUCUCCUGAGCAGCACUGAGAGUGGACAGCCACACUGGGCAGUGGUGCUUUGGGAAAGGAUGCCACCUCCAAGGUGCCUCUUGAAAUGCAAAGAGGGAUGGAGUGAAGGGAAGGGAUACAAUGCAUGUUGGGAAAUGAUUGAUGAUGUGGUGUGUACAGGUUUUUGGUGAUGAACUAAUAUGCACACUUGGAUGUGCACACUAAUACUCUGUGCAUAUUCUAAAAAAUGGAGUGAAACAUCAGGAAGAAUGCUUUAAGAAACAGCUUAUAGAAUUGAAAAAAAGAUCACACAUAAUCAACAGGAUUUUGUACAGCAAAGGAAACAAUUGAUAGAGUGAAGAUACAACCUACCAAAUGGAGAAAAUUUUUUCAGCUAUUCAUCUGACAAAAGAUAAAUAUAACCCAAGAAGUUUAACUCCAAAAGAACAGGAAAUCUUACUCAAUAAAUGGACAAAUGAGCUGAGCUAGUGUUUCUCAAAUGAAGCACAAAUGCACAAUAUAUACAUGAAACGAUGCUCAGUAUCUUUAGGCAUCAGAGAAAUACAAAUGAAAAUUAUAUUAAAAUUCCAUCUGACAUGUCAGAAUGACCAUUAUGAAGAAAACAAAAUAAAUGCUGGAAAGGAUUCAGGGAAAUGACUGGUGAUAUAGCUUAGUGGUCUAAAGUGCCUGCUUAGGCAAACUUAGGCAAGCGCAGGGAUCGUGGUUUGAUC